AUGGCACGCAGCAUAUCUCCUUCACCAGCAUUGGGUGGAGGAGUUGCAGCUUCAGCUCUAGCUCCAGCCCCAGACACACUUCCACCUCCAGCUCCAAUCCCAGACCCAUCACCAGCCCCAGACUCACGUCCACCUCUAGCCCCAGACCCACAUCCAGCCCAGACCCAUCACCAGCCCCAGACCCACCUCCACCUCCAGCCCCAGUCCCAGACCCAUCACCAGCCCCAGCCCCACCUCCAGCCCCAGUCUCAGUCCCAGACCCUCCUCCACGUCCAGCCGCAGUCCCAGAUCCUGCUCCUUCAGGUGUCCUACGGCCUUCAAAUGCAGGAUUUGGUGGAGGCCUUCGGAGCUGCGAAUAAGAAGGAAUCACACAUUCAAGGAAUGAACGAAAAUGCAAGCAAAAAAACCUGGUAA